GCUUGUUUGCUGCAUGUGCUCUGCAGCCAUUUUGUGAACCUGCAGAGAGGUGUGAGGAGGAGCAGAGCUAGCAAUUUGGUUGUUUGCUGUGGAUAUCGUUUGGACACCCCAGCAGGCUUUAUUCCAGGACAGUCAGGAGGAUUCCUGUUACCCCGGAGCAGAGCCAUUUUAGGAGCUUUUACUACAUUUGUAGAGAUGUCAAGGGACAAUCAGACCCGAUCCGCCCCUUCCCCCACCCCCUCGGAUCUAUCCCUGCAUAGCAAUGAGGAGUGGGAGCCAACCCAGGAGGCGGAUGCGACCGACCAGGCAUCUAGUGACCAGCCGCGGUCGUCAAGGGCCCAUGAGAAGUCCAAGAAAAAGCCUAGUAAAAAGGCAAGAAGCCAGCCAGAGGAGCAGUCGGAGGAGGAAGCCUCUGGUGAAGAUGCAGGACAGAAAAAGCCGCGUGGACCCAGAUACACUGAGGCGGAAAACUGUGUCCUAGUGGAUUGCGUCGACAGGUCCUACGACGUUUUGUAUGGACCAAGGGCACAGAAAACAGCAGCUAAAGUAAAGCGGAACAUCUGGGAAUCCAUCGCCAGUCAAGUAACUGCAAUUUCUGGAAACCGCCGGAGCACCAGAAAUUGCUUGAAGCGGUACAGUGAUUGCCGCAGACAGACCAAGAAGAAGAUGGGGAUUCAGCGCCGACAUGAGACAGCUACGGGAGGUGGCCCGGCUCUCAAUCUGAAGUGGCUACCCUGGGAGGACGUUAUUAGAAGGCGCAUGAACCCUGCCAUGGUCGAAGGAGUUCGCGGAGGUGUGGACUCCAGCCGUCCUGCUGGCUUUCCCGAGGAGGAAGAACCGCCCAGAAGACGGAGGAAGGCGGGAGACCAGCCGUCCGAAAGGAGGUCUGAUGACAGACCUGCCCAGAGGACAUCACCUGCGCACAGGACAUCGCCAGCGCACGGACCGUCACCUGUGCAGCAGGCAUCGGCAGCAGCGCGCGGACCAUCAACUGCGCCGCAAGCAUCGCGAGCACACAGAUCGUCACCUGUGCGCCACAGUUCAUCAUCGCGCAGUUGGUCACCUGUGCACCAGACGACGUCAGCGCACAGACUAUCACCUGUGCGCCAGACACUGUCGGCGACCACACCACAAGAUGGGCGCCAAACUACAGCUCCUGCGCGCAGGCCAUCACCAGAUCGUCUUCUCUCCAGGAGCUCUGGGACUGUGACUGAAGAGCCUCAAGACACAACCCUUGUGGACCCAUCACCCGAUCUGUUUCAGUCUACAGGGUUAACUGACGAAACUUUUCUUGGGUUUGAGGACAGCCGUGCAGAUGUAUCCAGCCAGACCCUUGAAAAGUCUUCCGAAACGAGGACAAGUGGAGCUCCUGGAGCAGCGGCAUCACAGGAUGGAGAAGUGGUGCCACGAACCAGCAGCGGACUAGCUUCGGGGAUUGGUUCAUACUUCAGGCCGGAUCUCCUACAGGAGUCAGAGGAUGAAGAGGUGGAAGUGCAGGACGCUCCAGUUGCUACAUCCCUGCCUGCCCAAAUGCAUGUGGUGGCAGACAUCCAGGAAGGGCAGAAUCCCUCAAAUGUUCAGAGGGUUCACACCCUGGCAUCAGAGAUUGGGACACGCCAGGAUACAUACACGAAUGUUGUGGGAAGCAGACUGGACAACAUUGAGAGGACAAUGGAGAAAAUGUCCAACAAUCUGCAUGAACUGCAGAAGACUAUUUCCGACAGCACGGCCACAAUACUACAGAUCAUAAUUGACGAUCGUAGGGAGAAUAGGAACAUACUUAACAUCAUGUCCGAAUCCUUGGUCAAACUUGUGGAAAAAACCACAUGUUUGGCAGAAAGCAAUAAGAACAUGUCGGAUAGUCAUCGACACUCCGCUUCCAGUCAACAGAUCAUGGCAAACACACUGCAGAUGAUCUAUGAUAAGCUCCCAGGACCAGCUCAUCAACACGCUGGAUUUGUGAGGAAAAAUGAAGUGGACGACAUAAGAUUGUGUUGA